AUGAGUUGGCCGGAGCCGGUGGUUUGUGUGCAGUCGCUGGCGGAGAGUGGAAUAAGGACGAUUCCAGUGAGGUAUGUGAAGCCGCCAUGUCAGAGGCCAGGUGGGGCCGCCAUGGAGAGUGUUGAGGUGCAGAGGAAUAUUCCGGUGGUGGACAUGGCGAAGCUGGAGAGCGCGGCGGCGGUGAGGGAGAUGGCGGAAGCUUGCCGGGAAUGGGGAUUUUUCCAUGUAAUAAACCAUGGGAUUAGUGGUGAGGUGAUGGAGUGCGUGAAGGAGUCAUGGAAACAGUUCUUCGAUCAGCCGUUGGAUUUGAAGAAACAAUAUGCCAACUCGCCCAUGACUUAUGAAGGAUACGGCAGCCGUUUGGGUAUCGAAAAGGGCGCCAUAUUGGAUUGGAGUGAUUACUUUUUCUUGAACUAUAUGCCCACUUCCCUCAGAAACCCAGCCAUGUGGCCUGCCUUCCCUCCCUCCUCCAAGAAAUUGAUAGAAGAAUAUGGGAACGAGGCGGUGAAGCUAUGUGGGAAACUAAUGAAGAGGUUAUCAGUGGGAUUGGGGCUUAAAGAAGAGUAUUUAUUGAAUGCAUUUGGAGGAGAAGAGGGAAUAGGGGCUUGCAUGAGAGCCAAUAUGUAUCCCAAAUGCCCACAGCCCGACCUGACUUUAGGCCUUUCCCCUCACUCGGACCCUGGCGGCAUCACCAUUCUCUUACCCGACCACAACGUUCCUGGCCUCCAAGUUCGCAAGGGCGACCAUUGGAUCACUAUCGACCCUAUUCCUAAUGCUUUGAUUGUCAAUAUCGGUGAUCAAAUUCAGGUGUUGAGCAAUGCAAUAUACAAGAGCGUGAAACAUAGGGUGAUCGUAAAUUCAAACAAGGAUCGAGUGUCCUUGGCCUUCUUCUACAACCCUAAAAGUGAUUUGAUAAUUGAACCAGCCAAGGAGCUUGUCAGUGAAGAAAGGCCAGCCCUUUUUCCACGCAUGACCUUCGAUGAAUAUAGACUGCACAUUAGGAAGAGGGGUAUUUGUGGAACUUCACAGCAUGAACAAUCUCUUGAAUCCACUUAA